ACUUAAUUUUAAGAAAAGUUAGGACAUCAGAAUUGUCAGAGAGGUUUUAAGUUUAUUAAAUAAAAGUAGCUGUAGACUUUUUCAGGUGGUUAGUUAAUAAAUCAUCUUCAGUAGUGCUUAUGAAAUACUCUGGGAGAAUAACUUUUCAUCUGGGAUUUUGGUUUUCUGAAUCUUUGAUAAGUAAUUUCCGAUUAUUUAAAAUUUAUGUUCUCCUUUAAUGUAAAAUAUUUCCACAGAUAGAGAUAUACAUAUGCCCUUUCCAAAGGUAAUUGUAAAUUGUACCCUUUUUUGUUUUGUUUUGGUAUCAUCUCAGUAAGUAGCCUUGCCUGGCCCCAAACUCACUAUAUAUACCAGGUUUGUGUUGAACUCUUAGGUCACAGCCUGCCUCAGCCUCCUCUGAGUGCUGGAAUCAAAGGUGUGCACCACACCCAGCACUUGUACACUUUUUAGGAUGGUAAGGCAGUUGGCACUUAACAUCCUUCCCAGAUAGAAUAAGCUAUUUAUAUAUUCUAGAUUAUUUUCAUCUAAAUGAAAAAUCAUCCUUUUCAGAUCUUCCCACUUCCUUAUCCGUGGUAACUGAGGGAAUUACUAAGUUUCUUCCUGCUUAUUUCUGAGUCUCGUCUGAACUAUUCCUGACACUAUGAAUGCUAUUUGGAUGCCUCUUAAGUCUGUUCUCAAGGGAGGCAGUAAGAGGCCGUGGAGCUGGCCUCAGCACUGGGAGAGGCUGGACUUCCUGUCUCUCUGUGCUGAAUGGCUGCGAUGGCGCCCGCUCUCACUGACGCAGCAGCUGAAGCACACCACAUCCGGUUCAAACUGGCUCCCCCAUCCUCCACCUUGUCCCCUGGCAGUGCCGAAAAUAACGGCAACGCCAAUAUCCUUAUAUCUGCCAACGGAACCAAAAGAAAAGCCAUUGCUGCAGAGGAUUCCGGUUUAGACUUCCGAAAUAAUCCGACCAAGGAAGACUUGGGAAAGCUGCAACCAUUGGUAGCAUCUUAUCUCUGCUCUGAUGUAACAUCUGUUCCGGCAAAGGAGUCUUUGAAAUUGCAAGGAGUUUUCAGCAAGCAGACAGUCCUUAAAUCUCAUCCUCUUUUAUCUCAGUCCUAUGAACUCCGAGCUGAGCUGUUGGGGAGACAGCCAGUUUUGGAGUUUUCGUUAGAAAAUCUUAGAACCAUGAAUACAAGUGGUCAGACAGCUCUGCCGCAAGCGCCUGUAAAUGGGUUGGCUAAGAAAUUGACUAAAAGUUCAACACAUUCGGAUCAUGACAAUUCCAGUUCCCUCAAUGGGGGAAAACGGUCCCUCACUUCAUCUGCUCUGCAGGGAGGUGAAGUGGGAGGAUCUGACUCUGGGAACUUGAAGGGGGGUAUGACCAAUUGCACUCUUCCACAUAGAAGCCUUGAUAUAGAACACACAACUCUAUAUAGCAAUAAUAGCACUGCAAACAAAUCUUCUGUUAAUUCCAUGGAACAGCCGGCACUUCAAGGAAGCAGUAGGUUAUCACCUAGUACAGACUCCAGCUCUAACUUGACAAAUGUUAAGUUAGAAGUCAAAAAGUCUCCUCUGUCUUCCAUUCUUUUCAGUGCUUUAGACUCUGACACAAGGAUAACAGCUUUACUGAGACGGCAGGCUGAUAUUGAGAUCCGUGCCCGCAGGUUACAGAAGCGAUUACAGGUUGUGCAAGCCAAGCAAGUGGAGAGGCAUUUACAGCACCAACUGGGUGGAUUUUUGGAAAAGACAUUGAGUAAACUGCCAAACUUGGAAUCCUUGAGGUCUCGGAGCCAGUUGAUGUUGACCCGAAAGGCUGAAGCUGCCUUGAGAAAAGCUGCCAAUGAGACUACUACUUCAGAGGGACUUAGCAACUUCUUGAAAAGUGAUUCAAUUUCAGAAGAAUUGGAGAGAUUUACAGCUAGUGGUAUAGCCAAUCUGAGGUGCAGUGAGCAAGCAUUUGAUUCAGAUGUCACGGACAGUAGUUCAGGAGGGGAGUCUGAUAUUGAAGAGGAAGAACUGACUCGAGCUGAUCCUGAGCAAUGCCAUGUACCCCUGAAACGCAGAUCUGAAUGGAGAUGGGCUGCAGACCGAGCAGCUAUUGUCAGCCGCUGGAACUGGCUUCAGGCCCAUGUUUCCGACUUGGAAUAUCGAAUUCGUCAGCAAACUGAUAUUUAUAAACAGAUACGUGCUAAUAAGAUGGAGUCUGUUUCUCAGCCUUCAGAAAACCAUGGUAUUCCUGUUAGUCAUAUUUCAGAGUCCUUGUCUACCAAAUCAUGUGGAGCACUGAGACCUGUCAAUGGAGUUGUUAACAGUCUUCAGCCUGUCCUGGCAGACCAUGUUCCAGGUGACAGUUCUGAUGCCGAGGAACAAUUACAUAAAAAGCAACGACUGAAUUUAGUUUCUUCAUCGUCUGAUGGCACCUGUGUGGCAGCCCGAACUCGUCCUGUACUGAGCUGUAAGAAACGGCGGCUUGUUAGGCCCAGCAGCAUUGUUCCUCUUUCUAAGAAGGUUUACCGGAAUAGCACCGCCCGCUCUGGCUGUGAUGUCAAUCCCUCUUGUGCUCUUUGUGGUUCAGGCAGCGUAAACACCAUGCCUCCUGAAAUUCACUAUGAAGCCCCUCUGUUGGAGCGUCUUUCUCAGUUGGACUCUUGUGUUCACCCUGUUCUAGCAUUUCCAGAUGAUGUUCCCACAAGCCUGCACUUCCAGAGCAUGCUGAAGUCUCAGUGGCAAAACAAGCCUUUUGACAAGAUCAAACCUACCAAAAAGUUUUCACUUAAGCACAGAGCACCCAUGCCAUGCAGUCUGUCGGAUCCAGUUCGUAAAGACAGGCAUAAGUUGGUCAACUCCUUCCUUACAACAGCCAUGUUGAAGCAUCACACAGACAUGAGCAGUUCGAGCUACUUGACAACUACUCACCAUCCACCACACAGCCCCCUGGUGAGACAGCUCUCCACCUCAUCAGACACCUCCACACCCACCAGCUCGAGCUCACAAGUUGCAGCCAGCACAUCUCAGCCAGUGAGGAGGAGAAGGGGAGAGAGCUCAUUUGAUAUUAACAACAUUGUCAUCCCGAUGUCUGUUGCUGCAACAACUCGUGUUGAGAAACUACAAUACAAAGAAAUCCUUACUCCAAGCUGGCGAGAGGUUGAUCUUCAGUCUCUGAAGGGGAGUCCUGAUGAAGAGAAUGAGGAGAUCGAGGACCUAUCGGAUGCAGCCUUUGCCGCCCUGCAUGCCAAAUGUGAGGAGAUGGAGAGGGCAAGGUGGCUGUGGACCACAAGUGUGCCACCGCAGCGUCGGGGCAGCAGGUCUUACAGGUCAUCAGACGGCCGGACCACCCCGCAGUUGGGCAGUGCCAACCCCUCCACCCCUCAGCCUGCCUCUCCUGAUGUCAGUAGUAGCCACUCUCUGUCAGAGUUCUCCCACGGUCAGUCUCCUAGGAGUCCCAUUAGCCCAGAACUGCACUCAGCCCCCCUUACCCCCGUGGCUCGGGACAGUCUGCGACACUUGGCCAAUGAAGACACCCGUUGCUCCACACCAGAGCUGGGGCUAGAUGAACAGUCUGUCCAACCGUGGGAGCGGCGGACCUUCCCUCUGGCUUACAGUCCCCAGGCAGAAUGUGAGGAGCAGCUGGAUGCACAGGACAUAGCAGCCCGCUGCACUCGCCGCACCUCAGGCAGCAAGACUGGUCGGGAGACAGAGGUGGCACCCACCUCACCUCCUGUUGUCCCCCUCAAGAGUCGGCAUCUGGCAGCAACAGUCGCAGCUCAGCGCCCAACUCACAGAUGAGCGGGAAAUGAGACUCUAUACAGACUCACUACUAUUGGCAUUAAAGCUUCAGAAAUCUCUGCGUUUGAUAUUCAAACAUCAUAUGCUGGAAUUUUCACAGUUUUUAGUGAAUUUAAGGAAUUUAGAUCCUCCUUUGGUUGGUUUGGUUUUUGUUGUUUCUGUUUUCUUGUUUUGUUUUCAUGUCACACCUGAGCACUUCCUCCAGUUAGCAGACAAGUUCAGGAAGAGACCCUGCUGGCCUGGUCCUGCAUAUCCUCUGCACUGUUGGAUCACUGGACUUCCCAAUAUUAGAUGAUCACCCUCUCUCUCUCUCUUGCACCUGUGCGAUAGGGUAUACCAGCCAGAUGGCAGCAGCUAGAAAGCUCCAAGUCAGCCCAGCCUCCUUAGGUUAGGGUGGAUAGAACAAGAGCAGUCUGGGCUCUCUAUCUUAGCCUUCCCUCAGUCUGUUGCUUGGCUCUAGCUGGGCACCUCCUUGGUCUUCUGUGCUAUAGCACCCUUCCAGCCAGCUUCUUUGCUCUGUUGGCCAGUUCUCACUGAGCUCUGGGCCAGCAGUGCAGCUAGCUUUUCCUUGUCACCUGGACCUUGAAGACCUGUUUUCAGUUUCAUCUGCAUUUGGUCAUCGUCUUGGCUCCUUGACUGCAGGACCCUGCUGCAGCUGCUCAGGUCACCCUGUUGUACCCUUCAUCUUCCUCUCCCAUCCAUUCACACAGACACGUUAGUCCUUCCGCUCAGCAUCUAUGACGAUAGGGUUUGGAUUGCUUAACCCUUCCCACUCUCCUACAGUCUAGGAAGUCUGUGUGGAAUACACAGCUUCAUCACUUCUGUAUCAUGUUUUCACUGAGUCAGUCACACAUCAUGUUUCUUUGACGUCCCUGUCAGACGGUCACUUAGACUCUCCCUCUUGGCCUCCCUGGCCUGUGGAACACUGUCUGGUCCUAGCUGUGGUUUCCAUUGUUCCCACCAACCUCCUGUUAGCCUCAUGCCUGUCUCAUGUAUACUCACAUCACCAAAAAAAGGGGAGGGAGAAAGACACUUUCUUUUUCUGCCAUUUUAUAAUCAUACAAAAAUAGUAGGCAGACUGCUUAAUGGUUGGGGUUUUUUCACAAUUUUCAACAUUAGUGAUUUUUUUUCUGUUUGCAAGUUAAAAGGUUUGUCAUUGUUUCUUUAAACAACAAUAAUGCACCGUAUCCCUAUGCAUAAAGUGCUUCUUCUAUUUAUAAGGUUGAAAAUUCUGAAUAACCCUUUUAGCAUUGUAAAAAAAACAAAACAAAAAAAAACAAAAAAAGGCAAAAAUUUAAAAAAACUUGUAUUUUGUAAAUAUUUUCUUUUCCUGCUUUGAGCUGUGUAAUGGCAGCGGACAUGUAGCUGUCUUUGUUCUAUAGAAAUGCUUUUCUUCAGAGAAGCUGAUCUUUGUUAAUGUCUUGAUUCUGUUCGCAAAGCACAGACUAGUGCUUAAAAAAAAAAGGAAGGAAAAAUGAAAAAAAUAAUAAAAAAAAAGAUACAGAAA